AUGCCUGCCUACGUUGUGGUCUCGGCCUUGGACGCCGGCCACAUUACACUUCCCGAGAGGCUGCUCGUGACCGAUGCGGACCCCAACCUCAGAGUAACGGUGCCUUCGCUGUCGUUCCUCAUACAGCAUCAGCCCUCGUCCCUCAUAACCGGCAAAGACCAAAAGACGACCCGCAUUGUCUUUGACCUGGGUGUGAAACGUGAUCUCAACGGCUAUCGAGAGAUGCAGCUGGCCCACGUGGCUCAGAGACAGCCCAUCAUAACGGACCCAGACUGCGCUGAGAGUCUACGCAAGGGCGACCCCCACAGUAGAGCUUUGGACGGGAACUCCGAUCAGCAGCUUCUAGACCCAGGCAAAGAUAUUGACUUUGUCAUUCUUAGCCACGUCCAUUGGGACCAUGUUGGGACGCCAUCAGACUUCCAGAAUGCUACCUUCAUCGUUGGAUCAGGCACCCUGGACCUUCUAAAGAACGGUGCAGGGCCUCUUUACCCAGCCGAACUGUUCAACCAAGAUGAACUGCCACGACUACGAACAGUUGAACUCCCGCCAGUCGAGAGACACCACAGCAAUGAGUACAACGACACCCCUUACACUCCAAAGCACACCGACAUACCCGCCGAGAGUGUGGUAAAUCUGCCCCAAUCGGCCAGUCAAUGGGCGUGGCAACCACACUCUGUCUUUCCAAACGCCCUGGACUUCUUCGGGGACGGGAGCCUGUUUGUCAUUGACAGCCCUGGUCAUCUUUACGGCCACGUGAAUCUUCUUGCCCGCCUCUCAGAAGAUAGAUACCUCUAUCUAGGUAGCGACUGCUGCCAUGACCCCAGAAUCCUCAGCGGGGAAAAGAAUAUCGCAAUGUACGACGACGGCAAGGGAGGGGUGAGAAGUGUCCAUGUACACACCGAGACCGCAAAAGUGACACUGGAUAGCAUCUCUGGCUUCUUGAGGGACAUAAGUAUCGAGGAUGCCCAGAUAGAAGUUGUUCUGGCGCAUGAUAAGGUGUGGAGGGAGAAGAACCGCCACAGGUUCUAG